AUGUCCACGAAACCUAUCACUCGAGUUGCCAUUGUUGGAGCUACUGGCCAUCUCGGUAGAGCCUUUGCUCAGUCCCUUCUGCAAACCGGCCAGCAUGAAGUCACAGCUCUCACCCGCGAAGAUAGCCAUGGAAAAGUCGCAGAGGGGGUUCGAGCCGUGAAGGUUAAUUACGAUGAUGACGACUCACUAGUCAAGGCCUUGAAAGGACAACAAUUCCUUGUGAUUACCCUGAGCGUUCAGGCCCCCGAAGAUCUCCAUGCAAGGAUUACCGCAGCUGCCGCAAAGGCUGGGGUCCCUUACAUCAUGCCAAAUGCGUAUGGAUACCCCAUUAGCCCGGAGGGCGUGAAGGAUGGGGAUUCAUACGGAAAGCGCGUCCUUAGUCGAAUUGAUGAUGCUCAAAAUGGCGGAUCGUUCUCGGUAACACUGCCAUGUGGUUUCUGGUACGAAUGGAGCCUGGCAUGCGGCGAGCAAUGGUUCGGCUUCACAAUCAAAGACCGAAGGGUAACCUUUUUCGAUGAUGGCACUCGCAUCGUGAGCGUUAGCACUUGGGACCAGUGUGGUCGUGCGCUGGCUGCUCUCCUCAGCCUACCGGAGUCGGGAACGACCCCCGCGCUUGCCGACUUCAAGAACAAAGAAGUCCGCAUCAAUAGCUUCCGCGUCUCACAACGCGACAUGCUUGAUAGUCUGCAUCGUAUUUUGGGCACCACAGACUCUGAUUGGGAGAUUAGUCAUGAGACUGUCGCUAAGCGCCUUGCAGACGGCGCUGAAGAUUUGGCCAAGGGCGUCUUCACGGGGAUUCCCAAAAUGCUUUAUGGGCAUGUGUUUUUAGCAACCAACAAGGAUGGCGAUUUCGCAGGGACAAUGGAGUUGGCAAAUGAUGUACUAGGGCUACCUAAAGAGGACUUGGAUGAAGCGACUAAGAGGGUAGUGGAUAUGGUGGCUGGAGGAUGGACCCCCUUCGGUUAA